GCCGCCGCCGCCGCCGCCUCUUUCCCCAUGACAGCCCCGGCGAGAGUCAGGCUCGACCAGCCCGGCCGGUAUUUAAGCGGCGCAGGCCGCGGGCCGCGCCACUAACCGGGCCGCGAGAAGCAGCAGAGCAGCCGCCUCCGCCGCCACUCAGUCCCCUCCUCCUCCUUCUCCUCCUCAGGCCGGCGGGGAAGAAGGAACAGGAAAGGGAGGGCGAGGAGGAAGGACGGGCCUCUCUCCGCCGCCGCCGCCGCCGCUGCUUCCCUGGCCCGGCGGCCGAGUUCUUUCCCCUCACGCCGCCCGCUCUCUCGCCGCCUCGCCCCCCUGCUGCCAUGUUGGAUCGCUCGGCCCGAGCCGGGGCGAAGCGGGGCGUUUGAGGGGGGAAGGAGUGAAGCGAGAGGCCGAGGAGGAGCAGGAGGAGGAAGGGCUCCGGCCUAGAGCUCGCCCAGCCCCCUCAGCGCAAGUCUCCGGUCGCCGCCCCGAUGCUGCCGCCGCCGCCGCCGCUGCCGCAGUAGCCAGCGGGGCGGAAGCGGCUGCCGCUUGCUGGUCGAGAGCCGGGGGGACGCGGCCGAGCCCGGAGCCCCGAAGCAGAAGCGGCCGGCCGGCAUCUCGGAGCGGCGCGAUGAGCAACAACCAGCAGCCUCCGCCGCCGCGGCGGAUCACCAAUGUGGGCUCCAUGCUGCUCACCCCGCAGGAGAACGAGAGCCUCUUCGGCUUCCUGGGCAAGAAAUGUGUGGUGAGUCAAGAGAGGAGGCCUGGCCGGCGGGGGGGGGGGGCCGGCGGCGGAACCCCCCCCCCCCAAGUUUACCCCUGUUUACCACCACCACCCCGGGCUGGGCGUGGGGGGGAUGUGUACAGGACGCGUGUGCGUGUGAACGCGGCUUCAGGGAGGGUAGGUGGCUUGGGGCUCCAGGACGCUUGGCCAGCAGAGCCCCAUUGACGUCUGAGGGCCUUGCUGUGGGGAAAAUAUGCCUGCGACUUGGGGGGGGGGGGCUGCUGCAUUUGGGUGGGUGGAGAGCAAAGGGUUUAGAAUGGGGGGGGUGGGCCCCAUAGACAUAGCCAGGAUUUAUUUUACGGGGGGCAAGUAACCAGAAUUUUAUGCUGGGGGGCAGAUAGCCAGGUGUUGGGGGGCAGAUAGCAAGGAUUUAUAUUGGAACAAGUAGUCGGGAUUUAGGGGCGCAGGUAGCCAGGGCUUAUUGGGGGAGAGCAGGUAGCCAGGAUUUAUGGUGGGGGGCAGGUAGUCAGGAUUUUGUUGGGAUAAGUAGUCAGGAUUGAUGCUGGAACAAGUAUUCGGGAUUUAUGUUUUUGGGGGGGAGGGCAAGUAGCCAAGGUUUAUGUUAGAGGGUGCUGGACACCCACCUGUCAUCGUCCUCUGACUCUAGCAGAUUCGGAAUGAAAUGUCUCAACGAUUAAAUUACUUUCUUUUGAACCCAAGUGCUCAGAAAAAUCCAAAUCUUUCUACAUUUUCUACUUUUAGCUAAGUGUUUCUGUUUGUUUACUUGAUUCGGGGGGGGGGCAGCUGCUGCCCGAGCCCCCCAUCUACUCCCAUGGGGAUUGCUGCCUCUUUCGGUCAAGAUUGGGGGGUGGGCAGAUGCCUUGCUGGUCUUUCUGGGGUUGGGAGAACAGGAACGCUUCUUGCCAGGCCUUUCCCACAUAACAGCUGCUUGCUUCCUUUUUUUCUCAACCUGCCCGGCCUUCGGCUGUCGUAGUGGGAAAUCAGCAAGGUGUGUGGGGUGGAGGUGUUUUCCUUUCCUUCCAUUCGGGCGAGGCGUUCAGCAGCAUUUCCUCUUUUUUGGUCCGGUGAGUGGGGGGAAUGUGGGGCGCAGGUGAGUACAGCCGCAAGCAACACUGUGCCAGGAAAAAUAGUCUGUGCUAUCACUGCCCCGCCUCUCUGUGUUCCCUUCCAGGUGCCCCCUUAGUUGGGUUGCACUUUGGCACUGCUCUGUGCUUGCAGGAGGAAAUAGAUCUGGCAGGGGACUCCAGGGACACGUCUUUCACAGGUGUACAGUCACAGCACUUUGCUUGUUUUGCACAGGUGUGAGCUGCAAUGAUACUGCUCGGCUGCUGUUAGCUGGUUCCUACUGGUUACUUGCUCUCCCACUUCCUCUAUGCUUCUCUCUUGACAGGUAUAUUUUGAAAAGGGCAGUCCCAGUAAUGCUCUGCGGUAUGAGUGUGUCAGUCAUAGAGCUGUUGCAACGCUUCGUGGAAAAGUUCAGCAGGUUAGAGCAGGCCUGAAUCGGUCUGCCUGGAUUUCACCUGUAGGAUUUCGUGAACUUUCAGGAAACAAAGUGGUAUGAUCUGGGCCAGGCAAAACCAGAAUGUACUCUGUUUUGUUUCCCCUUAAACAAUAGGCUGACAUGGCAGAUGCACCCAUGUAGAUACACUUCACUGAGGGAUCUUUUAAAAAGACUGAAAAUCCUUGGUAGAUUUCUUUUUUUUAGUCCUAAUUAUUAGUAUCCUGUAGGUAUUUGCAGGCUUAAGAAUUCUGACAUUUGCUUUUAUUGUUAUGGGGCACCCAACAUUGUUACUAAUACUGUUCAAAGCCUUGCACUGAAACUUUUUGCUCUUUUUCCAAUUUCUUAGACAAAGUAAAUCCCAAGAAAUACAGUAUCACCCUGUUUUUGGCUUGUAUUUUAUUCUGUGAACUGCCCUGAGAUCUUACGAUGAAGGGCAGUAAUACAUCACCAUCAUGUAAUGUUUGGGCCCAUGUCAUUGUCUGAAUUAAUCUAUUCUUCUGGGCCAUUGUUUUAUUUUCUAAAACGUAAAUAUAAAUAGUCAAUUUUCUUGUGAGCGAGCCACUAAAGACUUGUUCUGAUUUAGUUGAGUUGUAAUGUAAGCUUACCAGGAGAGUAACAGCACAGAUAAAAAAUUACAAUAACUAGGUAUAUCACAGCAAGAAGUUGGGGCAUUAGAACAGGGAUUAACAAAUAUGUGUGUUAUUACCCAGCACUGGAUUGUAGAAAACCAACAAAAGUAAGACAUGUUAGGGAGAGAUACAAGGUCCAGUAAAGAUUGCAGUAAUUUACUAGCAUCUUUGGAAGGCUUUAUUUAUUUAUUUUUUAGCUCUAGAAUUACUUGGGUAGAUGAGGCACACUACAGAUCAUUGCCUCCAGCUAUGCCUCAGUGAAAACUGGCUUAUAUUAUAGAUCUAUCUCAAAUGUCAGUAGGAAUCAGUGAAUUCUGACCAUAUUCUUCCAUUAUUUCCCUUGCAGUAGAAAGUAUUCAGAGCCGGAGGUUAUUAGUUAUUUAUUGAGACCAUUAAGACUAAUGGUAGUAAAUGCUACUACAAGGGAGGGGGGACUACAGUUCCCAUCAUCUCCUCCUAUAGCCGUGCUUGGCUGGGGUUGAUGGGAGCUGGAGUCUCAACAUUACAGGUUCACCACAACGCCAGUAGUAAGUCACUUUAGGCACCCUUCUUCUGAACUGCUGUAAUUCUUCUUACUCUUCCCCUGAGCCCUACCUAAUUGUCCACUCCGCCAUAGUGACUCUAAUGACUUUUGCACACUGGUAUUGCAUAAAGGGCCUCUGCACAUAGGCAAAAUAUAAUGCUAAAAGCAAAAUGUAAUGCCAAAAGAGUGUCAAUACUGUCAAAAGGAUGCUGGCAGUGGCAUUAUGCUAUUCCCUGGGGAUGCUGAGACUUGCCAGGGAGGGUGUAAAUUCCUCUAGGGUACGUUGAAGUACUAUUUACCUUAACUGGGCUGAGUGGCUUAAUGCCAACUCCCUUGCCAGUUGGUGCAAUGCAGGAACGUGUGCCCCACCCUCAAUGUUAAUAGUGCCGUUAGCAACCCCCCCUUUUUUGCACAGUCACUACAUUAGGUUGAGGACUAGGCAGCUGAAACAAUUGCUAAGAGUGAGUAGGCAUUUUUCUGACUUUCAAAGUUAUAAAAUUUGGAACUUUUGGUAAAAGCAUGCAGUAAUUGUUUCAUUAGAUUCUAGUGGUAAAAGGAUACCUGCAAGGGCUGCAGUGUUUAGCAAACUUAAAUCUUUACCUUGGAGUAAACUCCAUUGAAUCCAGUGGAGCUUACUUCUUAGUUAAGGAUAGGGCUGUGCUUUUGAUUGGCUAAAAACCAUUGCACCGCCUUAAAAAAGUAGCCUGAUUUAAUCUGUCAUAUUUCUUAAAGUAUCCAUUUAAUUUUUUAAAAAAAUACAAGAAAAUAGUGUAGGUGGUAGGCAUAUGUUAAAAGGAUCCGCUCCUUCUCCCUUGGGAAGAAGAGCACAAGCUUCGUGUGUCAAGGGUUUCACAUUCAUUCCUGGCAUCUCCAGGUAGAUCUCUGGGAAAGACUGUUUGAAAUCCUGAAAAUCACUGCCAGCAUUUCUAGAUGGUAAAGGUAAAGGGACCCCUGACCGUUAAGUACAGUCGUGGAUGACUCUGGGGUUCCGGAACUCAUCUCGCUUUACUGGCCGAGGGAGCCGACGUUUAUCCGCAGACAGUUUUUCCGGGUCAUGUGGCCAGCAUGACUAAGCCGCUUCUGGCGAACCAGAGCAGCGCAUGGAAACACCGUUUACCUUCCCACCGGAGUGGUACCUAUUUGUCUACUUGCACUUUGACGUGCUUUCGAGCUGCUAGGUUGACAGGAGCUGGGACCAAACAAUGAGAGCUCACCCCAUUGCGGGGAUUCGAACUGCCGACCUUCUGAUCAGCAAGUCCUAGGCUCUGGUUUAGACCACAGCGCUAACCGCGUCCUGGUAGUACUAGACAGUGCUGAGCUAGAUUAACUACUGAACUGAAUUGGUUUAAGGCAGCUUCAAUUGCACACAAAGAAAUGCCUCUUCUGAGAAUGUGCAUGAGUUAUCAAAAAGCCCCAAAAGAAAAUAAAAGCAUGCUUUUAUUUUCAUUAAAAAACCACCAUGUUAUUCAUAUAGUUUAUAAACGAUGGAAGUCUUAGUCAAUUAGGUGUCAACACUGCAGGAAGCCUGAGUAAAAUGUGUUGCUAACUGCAGCGAAUAAAUAUUUCGGCUACCUGAAGGCUCCGCACAAACGUGUGAGCACUUUUAGAGCAAGUUAGCAGUUUGCUAUGAAAAUUAGGUGGUAUACCCUUAUAGUAUUACAGGAGGUUGAAUGUGUGUCAGAUUAGGAGAAAAUAAAUAAAAUACUAGGUGCCAGUUCUUUGGGGCUGAAAACAUAUUUCAAAUUCUAGGCAUCUGGGGGGCACGGUAUUUGGGACAUCCUAUUGAUGAGGUUGCUAAAAUUCUCUUUGAAACUGAUUUAUUUGCAACUUCCCCAGAGUGGCUGGGGAAACCCAGCCAGAUGGGCAGAGCAUAAAUAAUAAAAUUAUUAUUUGUAUGUUGAUGAGAAUCUUACAAUUCUGGAAAAGACAGAGUGAAUUUUCUCUCCACCUUUCCAAGUGCAAACUGUUAGAACUGUAAUGCAUAUGUAACACCAGGUGUACAUGCUUGGUGUGCAGGGAAGUCCCAGGCUAGAUCUCUGGUUAAAAGGAUCAGGGAGAAGGAAUGGAAAAGCCCUUUUUUGCGAAUCCCUGGAGCUGCUGCUCUUCAGAGUAGGCAGUAUUAGUCUAGAUCAGGCAGUAUUAGUCUAGUUUAGAUCAGGUGUGGGGAACCUUUGGCCCGCCAAAUGUUGAACAACUCCCAUCAGCCCCAGCAAGCUAGGCCAAUGGCCAGGGAUGGGAGCUGUAAUUUCCAUGUGGAGGGCCAAAGACUGCCCACACCUGGUCUAGAUGGACAAAUAGACUGGCAGCAUCCUAUGUUCCGAAUGAGGAAUAUCACACACAGAAAUUGCCACUCCAUCUUCUGCUUAUGUAAGAAAUAUAUAUGGAGAAAAAAAGACAUUAGCCUGUUACUGCAGAAAGGCAAAUUGAUUCUCAAGCUCAAUACUGCAAUCACUGAACACCUCCACCAUUGGGUCCUGCACCAGCUUCAGUCAGAUGUCACUAUUCCAAUUUUGGUUUCAUUUUUGUUAACUUGGGGCUCCUCCCAUGCUGCCGCUCACACAAAAGCAUGCUGCAGAUAUAUUUACAACUAUGCAAUCAGUUGUAUGAUUGUCUUGGUUUUAUGAAAGCAAAAGCUAGUAUCCUAGGUGGCUCACAUUCCAUUCUUUUCUUUUUUAAAAUUUCAUUUAUUGCUAGCCCAGUACAUUGCUAUAACCUAUGCCAUUUUUGUUUCGUAACUGAAACAGUUAAAUGAGGCCCUGGUUCAGUAUGUCCACUUCAGCAGUUGAAAGGCAUCAGAAGGCUUUAGAAAAAUAAUAUUGAUUAGCUCACACUGCAGGUUGCAUGAAAUACAUGUCUGCAGAAUAUGCAUGCAAUAUGCUAGUUUGUCUAAAUGAUCUUCAGAGAAACAGUGUCAUACUAUAUAAUACCUUCAUUUGUCUAAUAUUGACAGAUCUAUCUGUGCCCUCCCCUGAGUCGCCUUAAUGAGCCCUAGUUUCCAGUGGUAGCCAGGAUUCAUGACUUGCAACAUUGUUUUGUAAUUUUUUUGCAUCUGUACUUGUUCCUUUUCCAGAUGCUUAACUCUUCACACUUUCACUUUGUUCCUCAUCCUCCCCCUUACUUCUGGCAUCCAGCUAUGCUGCGGAAAUACAAUACAAUCAAUGAUAUCAGGAUUCUGCUGUUACUGUUCUGUUGACUGGAUUGUACUAUGGAAAGUUGGUGUUUAAGACACACUUUCAGAUAAUACAAAAGUAGUAGGCAUUGUUCAUUCUUAGACAAGGAGGCUGCAGUUAAAUUUUUGCCAUUCUUUCCCAGUUUGUAUUGGACACUCAUUGGGGAAGGAAAAAGUGGGAUUUGCAUUGUCUUCAGUCAUGGGAUUUUUUUAAACAGUAGCAGCACACAGACCUGAGCACCAGGAAAGGUAGUGCGAUAUCUUGCCAAAUACCCAUCUCAAUUUUCUGCCUGCAAUUUAGCAGUAGCAGUUGAGCUAUACAAGUGCGUAUGCGGAAUCCCCAUUUUCUGUGAGAGGAAGGUGCUUGAAGCAGGGUUCAUGUGGGAUGCAUGCAUUUUAUUAAGUGUGUGCGAAAGUAGCAACAACUGUUAUGUUUCAUCUAGACUUUUAUACGAGCAGCCUUGUGGAAUUAAGGGCAGUACUUUCAGAAAACUGAGCACGAACAUCAUGUGGCCUUGGUGUUAAAUAAGCCAUUCCAGUAGGAUUUUUUAAAUACCUUUAUGUUCUGGCUUUAUGUAUAAAUUCGUGGUGGUUGUAGCUUAGCAAGGGGCUUCUAUUAUGUACUCCCUUUCAGUGUUCUCUAGCGUGUGGGUUUGCAUUGCUUUCGGCAUGCUUGCCAUUUGCUGCCUCCUUCCCCUUCCAUACUGUGAAUAAAAGAGUGAUGAGAUGAUUUUGUGCUGUUAAAAGAUUGAACAGGUUGUCUCGUUUUUUGGAAGCCUAGAGAGAGGGCAUGCAACUGCUUUUAUUGCCGAUCUUCAUUUGUUAAAAAAGAGUUAUAAUUUGAAACGUAUUUUACCCUGCUCUUUAGCUGAAAAGGCCAGCUUACAGAGAUCUUUGGUGAGACUGAUAUAAUCAGUCCAAGGACUUAAGAUACCAGGAGGCCUGGAAAACUCUUUAUUUUGCUGUGUAUUGCUUUGGCCCAUGAUAGGAUUGCAUUUUGAAAUUGUUUGCAAUUGGUAUUAGUCCUCUGCAUAUUUUGUAUGAGGCUUCCUGACAAAGGGCACUUGUGAACAACAAAGCUGGGGUAUAGUUACCCUAGCACCCUGAAGGAUUGGCCUGCAGGACAGCAUUGUCUUGCGUAUGGACAGUACAGGAUUGUACGUAAAGCAGCUUCAAAACUUCAUUGGGCUAAUAAUGCAACAAUAUUUUUUUUAAAAAGAAAACAACAAAAAAGAAAUACCCUUUGUAAAACAUGAUUUAUUUAGAAAAGAAGUAAAGGUAACUGUCUGUGCUAGGUUUGGAAUACCUGUCUGUUGAUCAGUUAAACAAUUGUGUUUGUCACAACUGGAAGCCACAAUCUAUUUCUCUCCUCCCUCCCUUCCUUCCCCUGCCCCCAGCAGUUGCCUACAAUCCUGCCAGUAUGGGAGUUUCUUCUCCCAAAGGUGAGAAAGUUAAAAGCUUUAAAGAUGAAUACUGGAAGUUGGGUGUAGGGUUCUGGAAUAACUGCAAAGGGUCAAAGACUCCUCUGUCCUGUGUCUGUGGUCCUGAUUGUCUACCAGUUUGAUCAUGGCCUGGCAAUUCUGUAAAGCUGAGUGCCUUUAUGUAAGUGGUAGCCCUAGUCUCUGUUUGACUUAAAAGCAAAGCCGGGAAUAAGGCUUGUAAUAAACCAGACAUAGAAUGGACUUGUUGUUUAUAGUACUUCUUGUUUUUACUUUUACAAAGUUUUGCUGCUACGUUUUUCUUCGAGUUCUUAAAAUAAUAAACUACUGUAGUCACUGUCUUGUAUAUAGUUUGCUACAUUGAUUAGCCUAAAAUUGCAAAGUUAAAAAUAACUGAUUACAGUUAUUUAGAGUAUCUUUAUUGCAUCACGAAAAAGUGGAUUUUUCUGUAAGCAAAGAUGAUGCAUCUCAAGGUCUAUCCCACCUUUUCUUGUCUUGUUUUUUGUUAAAUCUAUUGCCCUUUUGUGUGUUCUGCUAUACUGUACAGCAUUUGUAGCAGCCAGGUGCAGCUUGAUGUAAAUCAUGAGCAAUCUAUGAGGAGGAGAACUCCAGCAGUUCUAAAUUCACUUACCAGCAGGGAUCCACAAGUUUUGCGUAUUCUUAAUAGUGAAGACAAAAGUUUCUGGAUUCCAUGACCUUGCCCCCCUUCCUUUACUACAGACCUAUUCAUUUCUACUUGGAAGUGAAUAACAAUACGUAGUUGUGCUGUCCUUGUAGGGCCUCAGAUAUUCAGCAGAACCCUACUUGUGCCCACCCUCUCUAGCUGGGGAAGGGUAGCAAGGACUCUUUGGGGUAAUAUAGUGCUCUGAGUACCUUGACUGCCGCAGCCUGGUUCCAUCCAUUCACUUUGGAGCUAGAUAGAGAUUAGGCUUUUGGGGGCAGUGGACAGCAAACACAUUCGUUGAAACACCUACUGUCACCCACUGCCCAGAUAACCAGCUCCAGCAGAGAUGGGUGUGACUCUUCCCCCUAGUUGCAUUGAGUUUUAGAACCAUCCACAACUCAACACUGACUGUGGGGGUUGUGUUUGUCACUGCCGAUAGAUGUAGCGACUAGAACCAUACAGUAUUUUGAAUAUGGUGUGGCAUGAUUUGAUUAAAGGAAUUACAAUACUGACAGCUCUAUUUUCAAUCCCUUUCCUACUAAUCCUUGACGUGGCAUUCACCACUUUCUGCAGCCGCCACAUAUUAAGUCUGCACUUACAUUGCAUUAUCUGCCACAACCCCAAGAUCCUUUCUGUCAAGUCAGCACCGCCUGAGAGCCCAUCAACGUAUGUGUGUGUUAGAAUUUAUUUUUGCCUAAAAGGUUGCACCACUUAAUGCAUGCUUACAUUGAACCACUUUUGACCAUUUAUCCAUUUUGGAGAGAUCCGUUGGGAGCUUUUUGCUUUUACCAAUCAAUACAGUAGGCAGUCCUCCAUGGGCUGAAUGCCAGAGGUAGAUGGGGACAGAGGUAAAAGUGUGUGGAACUAUAGAUGUGGCCCUUAAACUUGUACUGUGGGCUGUGUCUCAGCCAUGCAAAAGUAGUGGUCCCCCCCCCAUAUACUUACAUGCAUCUCUCCAUUCUCCUAUCCAGGUAAGCAAGAAGCAUUAUCACAGUUCAGGAAUCUCUUCCAUUCAUUUAAAAGCGCUUGAGGAUAGAUAAUGUGGAGCAGGGCUGUUGAGAGGCAUGACCUAAAAAGAGUCCCAAGGGGCAGAUAGAGAGGCCUGAUGAAUGGGAAGAACCUCAGCUUGAGGUUCUUCUACGUGCUGGGGUAUUAUUGUGUUUCAGUAUGUAAGGAAUGGGGAGUACAUUUUAAAUAUUUCUGAAUUGGAGCAUAGCUCAUGAAAAAUAUUAAUUUGGGAGAGUCUCAAAAUAUUUUUAAUCUAAGCUUUGGUCCACUCAUUGAGCCAAAUCAAUUUGAAAUGGCUUGCUGAUGUUUUCAAGGUCAGAAAGAUGUAUUACUGCAGAAACGGAGGAUCUGCAAUGCCUGUUCUGUGGUUAAAAUUGCAAGGGCCAGAAUCAUCCUGUAGUAUUGUGGCUUUGGGUGAAAUACCACAAAUUAACUUCCUUUUUCUUUGCAGCUUGGCAAUAGCCUGUACUCAUAGUGUGUGUGACUUUGCCACUUUGAGUGAUUACUUCUGCUUUAUCUACAAGGAACUUCCUUGGGCUUUAAGAGGAAGAGGGUUGUGGUCUGCAGGAAUUGGUUUGCUGGUUUCUGUAACCUCAGCCACAACCUCUUCCUUAGGGGUGCGGGGAGGUGAGAAACUUAUCAGAGUUUCCAUUCCUUCCUCCCCACUUGGACAUCGCAUCCAAGACCCAGCAUGGGGGUAGCGGGAAAUCUAGAGAAGAAGUUCUUCAAAUAAUGGUGUAUUCUAAUUCACUUUAAAAUUCAGUAGGAUCACGUUUUUGUUUUGCGCACAACGAGGUUUUAUGACAAAAGUCUUCUCCAGCUGUGCUAGCUAAAGUCCUGUAACUGGAAAUGUUGAUGAGCCUGUAUACAUGUAGAUAAUGUGAAAUGCCAGCUGUCCAUAUGAUUUUGUAUUUCUUUAACACCUGUUCUGUUGAACAGGUCUCUCUGAGACCUAGAUAAAAUUGGUAAAAUGAUGACUAAUAUUUUUAAUUGUUAGGAAAUGUAAGAUGCUAUUUUUUAAUUGCUAGGAAAUGCCAUACCCCGAAGCCCUGUCAAACUAGUGGUAGUUGCAACCCCAAGUGAAGAUCAGUCACAAGACCAUUCUCCCACUACAAAAAAAAUAUGAUAAAUUUAUUUUUGAAUCGCUAUAAACUUCAUAAACCACUUUGAAGAAAGUUGGGACUUUAUAUAAAAUUAGCCAUACUAAGACUUGUAUAUCUUCAUAAAGGUGUUAAUUUGCUUAGUCUUUAAUUCUUAAGGCUGAAAAGGCUUUUGAUUGGGUAGAGAAAUAUUUCCAGAAUAUUUUGCUGAAUAUUUCCAGUCUGUGAUCAAAUAUAAUGUAAUGAUAUGCAACAUAUACACAUAUACAGAUAUUGUUUUUUAAGUACUAGAAACAAAUGUCCUGAGUCACUACUUGUUUUUGCUGUCUUUAUUGAACCGCUAGCUUUUUAUUAUACAACACCUAAAUGAUAUAAAGAGCAGAAUAUUGAUUAUUUGAUUCUAUCAAAUGCAGGGUAAGCUAAAAUCAGAGGUAGCCAAUGCCUCCAGAUACUGGAACUGCAACUUCCAUCAGCCCCAUGCAGGUAUGGGCAGGGGUGGUGGGGUUAUAAUCCAACAACAUAUGGAAGACACCAUGUUGAGUACCUCUGGUUUAGGUGGUCCAAAUUGGUAGACACUGUGGAGUUAAUAUAUUUUCAGACUUGUGCCUUUCAAAGUCAGUUAGGUCUUUCUAAUACAGUAUAAAUAGCAUCGGGUAGUUUUUGUCAAAACGUUUGUCAAAAUACAUUAUUUUAUGGCUUGACUGCCUUUCUUUAAGAUACUGAAAUAUUUCCAACACAACACAGCACCUCGCUGAUGCAAAGGUAGGAGUGCCCCUGUUUCCUGCAGGGUUUCCUCUAGUUAUAACCCCUAGCAACACAGGUUACACAAUUCUGGCUUCCUGAUCCACGGAGAGUGGCUUUUCAUGAAGUGCUGCAGCAGCGAGGAGGAGACAGAAUAACCCUGUUACAUGAAGAGAGCUUUCGUUUGCACUUUUUUAGAUUUAAAUCAAUACAUCUUGCUAGUUUACCAGGUGGCAACUGCUUUUCUAUUAAAACAAUGGUCAAAAGGAUUCAAGAACUAUCUUGUUCAAGUUAACUAGGUUCUAACCCAAAGUACAAGAAUGAUGGGGAGGGGAUUGGCAGAUGGGCCACCUCUACAUCCUUAUGUUUGGGGUCAUUUCUUCUGCGGCCACAGGUGGGGUGUGCAUUGCUCCCCUGGCGGUCGUCCACUUCAUCCACUGCCCCACAGAUGCUCGCCCCAUCCCAGAGGCUCACCUGUGGGCAAGUCCACCCCACUGUGACAUGGGCCUGAGCAGGGUGAGCUCUACCUGUCUAGAGCCCUGUCUAAAGGCAUCUCAAGGGCAUUCCUCUGUGAAACAACUCCCAGGAAUGCUUGUGGGUGGAAUUGCAGGUAUUGUUCCACUGCUUAUAUAAGGAACUGGCCUCGCAGCAGUAGCAGCAUUGGGUGAGAGGGAAGGUUCCUCAAGCGAUAAGUGUGGCUACCCUCCAAUGAAUGUAAGAUAGUUAAUGUGAGCUUCUGAGGAAUGUCUUUUUAGAAUGGCAAUCCCCUCACCCCCAAUUUUAUCUCUGUACUAGACAUUAUUUUCUUCUGUUUAAUUUUAAGCUGUUAGGUUAGCGUAUCUGUAUUGUUUUAUACAACAUUGUGUGGCUAGGUGGGCUUUUUGGUAUUAAUAGCAUUGCAAUUAUUUCUUGUUCUCUCUGUUUUUAUUCUUUUUUAACCAUUACACUUGUUCAUUUGAUGUGCUUUGGACUGCUUCGGCCACAGUUUUGCAGAAAAGUGACAUACAAAUUAUGCCGGCCGCUUUGAAGUGCUGCAUUGGAAUCCAUCUCUUAGAUUCAAAGGACCAUGAAUCUUUCAAUAUUAAGAAAGGAUUGUCAUUUAAGCAAUGUUAACAAUAACCAACUUUGUAUUAGGUAGUUGGAAUUUGCAAGAUACCUGUUCUUAAAGGCUGCCUUGGAUUCAUGUUGGCUGCUCCAGCCCUUGAGAGGGAAAGCCUGUUCUGAAUAAAUCUCAAAUUCUGCCAGUCGUGUCUAGACUUCAAUGAACCUUGAAAGGAGAGAGUGCAAAUAGCAUAUGCUAUCCAGUCUUGCAGAACCAGAGUUGCAAUGAAGUCUGUAAACUGCAGUGUAGGUAAAUGUUUGAUAUUUGCAGAAGGGUUAUAAAAGUCCAGUUAUCUGAUCAUCCCCUGCACCUGAGAAAUUAGUCCCUGGUGCUGGGAGCAGGUUUUUUCUACCCUUCAGCACUACUGUUUGUGGGACCGGCUGCCACCAUCCACUUCCAUAGCUUCGUUUCCUUAGUUACUAAUCGUAACUAAGCAACCACUUGGUGGUGGAAGGGCUCUCAAGUCCAAGGUUAUAAUCUCCAGGUAGGGUGGAGCCCUGACUUUAAGCCAGAGCUUUCAAAACUUUUUAUGUUGGUGACACACUUUUUAGGCAUGCAUCGUUUCGUGACACAGUAAUUCAGUUUUACUAGCAAACCAGAGGUUAAACUAACCCCUCUCCAGCCCCAGGAGGCAUGCGGGGACCAUUUGUGUGACACACCUACACACUGCAGCUGACACACUAACCUGUCGCAACACAGUUUGAAAAGCUCUGCUCUGUGGGGAGAGAGAAGGAAGAAAGAAAAGAACAAUUAGGAUGCUAGCAAAGCAUUUCCCCUUACUGUUGCUCUCAGGUGUGUCCCCUUGUUCUUCAUUGGCUUCCAAAUGUUGAAGAUAUUUUUGUGCCCCUGAUAACGAAUAUAUAUAUUUUUAAACCCCACAAAGAUAGAUUUAUUGUCUUAAGGGCUUGUAGCUCUUUGUCAUGGUGUAUUCUGAUCUUUCAUUUUUAUUGCUGUUAUGUUGUUCCAUACAGAACUUUGUAAGAUUUUAUUUUCAGUAGUUUCCUGGUACCUUGCACGGUGUACAGAUAAAAGUAGUUCAACAUGCAACUGGUCAAGAUAAGAAAAAGUUUAGGGGAAACGGGUUCCAGAAGCUCAUAAGAAAAGUCACUUCUGUACUGUAUUAUCUAACUUAACUUACAUCCCUAUAGCCAACAAAUGAGAAGCUAGAUAUUAUCACAUUUGCUAUUUUUUACUUCCUUUGAGCCUGUGAUGAUUAUAAAACUAAUGCAGCUUCCAGUUUUAAAUGCAUUACUGAAUAAUGGAGUCUGAACCAUUGUUCCCAAGUUCCUUUUUACUCUUCCACGAAAUACUUGGUUCACCGUCCUAAGGACUAUGGAGGAACUUGAUAACUUGCUGUCUAAACAAGAAUUUCUUUUGUUGAAUAUUCUUGUUCAGUGUUGGACUAUUCAUCGCUGAAUGAAUUAAAUCCUGUGUGUGCUAAGUUUCCGUGAAACCUUGCUACCCAGUAGUAGCAAUCCAAGUGGGAUUUUAUAGUGCCUUUGAACAAAGGUUGGCACUCUACUAUUGACAGGACUGUAUCUGUUUAAAAUAUCGCUCAGGCAAAAGCAGCAUCCUUACUGUAUUUUUUAUAGGUGAUGUUUGGUUAGAUUUCCAGCAGUGCUAACCAGAACAAGCACCAUUUUUUAUGAAGCGCUACACAGCUUCAUAAACAAUUACAUGUUUGUACAUAUGAAGGUCACAUGAUGAUGAUGAGCUCUCAAGUCUUAACAAAACUUUUCUUCUUUUUUAGACAAUGUCUUCUGCAAUUGUUCAGAUUUAUGCAGCAGAUCGCAAUGCUAUGUGGUCGAAGAAGUGCUGCGGCGUAGCUUGCCUUGUAAAAGACAAUCCACAAAGGUCUUAUUUUAUCAGAAUAUAUGAUAUUAAGGUGAGAUUCUCCUCCUUUUGCCAUCUCUAAAAUAUGCUUGUGUUUGUCUUAAUUUGUCAAAAUGUGUUGAAUAGCAUGCCUCUGGUUUAUGUAUUAACGAAUUGUUAAACUGUAGAAACAGAAAUGAAUGUGUGAUAUGUUUCAGCUCUGUGGCGCAUGUUGAUCACACUUAAAAAGUAGGAACACAUGGGUCUAAAGAAAUAAAUGUACUUGGGAGGAGAACCAUGUGGAAAGCCAGAGCUUUGCUUCCUGAUCUUGCUGCAGAAGUUCUCGUAGCUCAAUUAGCAAGCUGUUGAGCUGUAGCCUGACAGUUUGGCAACAAGAACUGCUGGAUAAAAGGUCAAUCUGAAAAUUAAUAUUUUAAUGUAUAGACAACUUAAGCAUAUAUCUAAAUCCACGAUAUAUAAAUGAUGGCAAAGUGCAGGUAGCCAAGAAGCAAUGCAACUUGAUGGCUUUGUCCUCAGCAUAGUGUUGGCUCUUUGCUUUUCAAGAAGAUGGCAUGGAGUCCUCUCCUAAGAAUAGUCAACUGAGAGGAAGCAGGAAGUUUGCCAGCAUGCAGAAGUCAUAUAAGUAUGUGUCUGCAGUCACUUUUCUCAGUGUCUUUUUUCUCCCCUUCCAUUUUUCUUUAGGAUGGAAAACAGUUGUGGGAACAAGAAUUGUAUAAUAAUUUUGUAUAUAAUAGUCCUAGACCAUAUUUUCAUACCUUUGCUGGAGACGUAAGUAUUUUGCUGUAUUUUGCAUAGUUAUCUCUAUAACAACAUUAAAAGGAAUAAAAUAGUCCUGUCAGUUUGUACUGCCAGGUAUAUUUACACCUGCACAGUUUCUCUUUUAUUCUCUAAAUCAAGUAAUAUAAAGAGCUGUGCAGCUUUCCUGAUAAUUUGUAUUAAGAAGUUAAUGUCAAAAGAAUUCAUUAUUUUUUACAGAUUUGUUUUCCUUCAUCUUAUAACCAUAUGAGUAAAAUUCAGGGGAACAGAUAGGCACACCUUAUACAUAUUGAAGUCAGUAGCAGUUGUCAGCGACAAACUGAUCCCCUUGGUACAUCUAGUGUUUAUUAUUAUUUAUUACAUUUGUUAGUUGCUCAGUACCUAAUUUAUCAAAGCAAUCUAAGAUUUUAAAGACACUAAUUUCAGAUUGCAAAAAACCUGCAUGUAUUAAUAUAGUUUCUUAGAAAAGUUAAUUUCAUAAGAAAAUAUUUGUUUUUCAGGCAUGUCAGGUGGGUCUUAAUUUUGCUAAUGAAGAAGAAGCUAAAAAAUUCCAGAAGACAGUGACGGACUUAAUUGGACGACGGCAACGAAAAUCUGGUAGAGACAUAGUUUUUCAACACACUUUUGCUUUGUAUAGAACUUAGAAGAAAACAUUCUUAAGGCAGAAACUGACCUCCUUAGUGUCUAGCUUCUCUGGAUUCAAGAAAUAGGUUAGAGAUAGAAGGGGGGCCACACACACAUAGUCGUUACCAAUAAAUGUGUACAAACUGGACCUUUGUACAGUCUACAGCUAAUGCUAGCAGGACUUCAUAAAAUAGAAUUUGGGACCCUGUGGUUGUUGGUUUCCAGCUGCCAUGAGUCCCACCCAACGUAGUCAGUGGUCAGAGUUGUAGACCAUUAACUGGAGGAUCACAGGUUCCUGUUACACAAUAAGAUUCAGCAGUGCCUAGUCUUUUACAAUACAGCAGUGCUUCUCAAAUUUGGUUCCCUAGCUGUUGUUGCACUUCAACUCCCAUCAUCCUUGGCCGCUGGUCCUGUUAGCUAGGAAUGAUGGGAAUUGUAGGCCAUCAACAGCUGGGGACCCAAAUUUGAGAAACAGUACUGAAAUCCCCAAUACUAUUUCUUCUUCUGAUAGUGAACUUGAGUGGUGAGUACCAAUGGAAAUGGAGCCAAAAUGGAGCAACUGAGAAAAUAAGAGGGGGAGUAUCACCAUAGUUGGGGGAAUCCCAAGGAUUGUUGAAUUACAAAUAUUCUAAGGGAGAGGAAAACUUGGGGGAAACACCUUAAAGAAACACAACAAAAAACAACAACCCAAUGAGCAGCGCACACACUCAGCAGCUGCACAGUGUUAAGUGUUAGUUAUAAAAGAAAACAGGGGUUGAGAGGGAAUGUCAAAUGACCAGGUCAUAAAAUCCUGAACCGCAGAAGCAUUCCUAUUAAAGGUGAGAACGCACCGCAGCACUUCAUUGUAAGUCCCAGCGGUAUUGUUAAUUCAAUGAAGUGCUUAUUGCUGUCGGCUGAAUAAAACAGUAUCUCAGUGACAUUUUGCACAUUAUAUAUUUAGAAAUACAGGCAACCUUCCCACAGUGUAUCCAGUGGGGAGAUAGGCAGUGUCGCAGAUAUGAUUCGCAGCGAUUUUUGUGAUGUUGGCAGGUGGUUAAAAUUGCCACUCAGCAACUGGAAUCCCUGCUGGCUCCCUGAGCUUCCAGUUUACAUGUAAUUUUUAUCUGUGUUAUAGUCAAGAUAUUGCUGGAGCUUGCAAUUACCUGAAUUUAUCCAGUUCAUAAUAUUGGGCUGCAUUAUUAAGUGCCAUUUCUCACCGAAGUCCCCAAGUUUUGCUCUCUGGCUUAGAAUGUAAAGCAGGGUUUUGCACAUGCAUGGAGAGUGCUCAGCAGACCAGGUAGCCAAAGCAAACUGCUAUGGUGCAUGUGUAGAAUCUUUCCAUGCUAAUCUUUUCCUGCUUAAACUUGGUUCAUAGAAUAAGAAAAAUAUAUAUAACCAGGCCAUUUAACUUAGCGGCCUUUUGUUUGGUGAAUACUGAUGCAGAGAGCUCUUCACUUCUGAUUCUGUGUCUCGGAUAUAUGACUCAAAUGUUUCUUUUAAAAUCAGUGCAUUGGUUUAUAAUCAGAUUUUGUCUGUCUGGAGUUAGACUUCCCUUUGAUUUCAGGGCUUCCUCCCGCUGGUCAGAAAUGGUUUCUCUGUUAAGCCACCAGAUGGAGUCCUAAGACUAUCCUAUACCACUGGAUGUAAUUUUUGUUCUAUAAUAAAUUGAGCGACAAUUUCACAAGGCAGACAAGAAUGUAUCAUUUUAUUUGCAGUGGAAUGUACAGUGCAGCUGGUUCUUUAACCCUGAAAGUUUGUUGACAUGCAGACAUUCUGGGAGCCUUGCUUGGAGUUAAAUCCGAGAAAUAGGACACUGCUUCCUAUGUCUUUUCCAAGCUGCUGUAUUGCACUACGGCUUACGUCUCACAGAAAGCAGAUAAGGAGGUAAUGCCUGCAUCUGGGCUGUAACUACUUCAGAUUGCAGGUGGGGACUGCCAUGUCUGUGCAAAAAAACCCUCCAGACUCCCUAAUGGUUCUAGAACGUGGGUAGGCAAACUAAUGCCCGGGGACCGGAUCCGGCCCAAUCACCUUCUAAAUCCGGCCUGUGGACGGUCCGGGAAUCAACAUGUUUUUACAUGAGUAGAAUGUGUCCUUUUAUUUAAAAUACAUCUCUGGGUUAUUUGUGGGGCAUAGGAAUUCAUUCAUUUUUUAUUUUUUUCAAAAUAUAGUCCGGCCCCCCACAAGGUCUGAGGGACAGUGGACCGGCCCCCUGCUGAAAAGGUUUGCUGCCCCCUGUCUAGACAAACCUUCUAAACAUGCUGGGGGUUUUUUAAUAAAAAAAGUGCCAGAAGGUUUUUUUGUGUGGAAAGAGUAUUCCAUCAUGUGAGGUGGUUAUAGCCCAGAAAUAGCCUCAUAGCCUGUUUUUCAGUAACUAGGUCCAAAAAUAGCUCCUUCUUCUCUGCUUGCUUACUUCCCUCCAUGAUGGGAACGUAUAGGACCUGUAUGCAACUUUUCACUUUAAUUGGGCCCAGUAGAUUUUUGAGCGAAAGGGUUCUGAAACAAGAAUAAAACAGAAAUUGGCAUAGCUAUUUCUCCCCUUUCACGUUGCUGUUGUGCUUGGGGGAUUUAAGCUUUUGUACAGAGUUCUAAAUAGCACAAACCUUUUACCUCCAGAAUACCUUAUUAAAUGUAAACAAGGAAGGACAGCCCUUCGUCUGUCUUAAUUAAGUACUAUACCCCAGCUUUAAGCAUGAAAACUAUUGAGGCAGCAAGAAAUAAAAACAAGACAAUAACAAUGUGAAUAAAUGCAUCAACUUUAAAAGCACACACAAACAGAUUUACAAUUUGGGUUUGUAGAAUUGGUUGGAAAUAACUGAACAAGGGACAUAAAUGUUUCAAGAAGUAUAAAACAAUGUUAGCAUAUCAUCUUCUGAAAGUGAGGGGUUCGAACUUAAGGCAGGAGGGCAUAGUUGCCAAACUGAAAUGAAAACCAAACGGUUGUGAGCCAUGGCUUCUAGUUUGAUACAUGACUGAUGCUUCUCUUUUCUAUAGUUAAAAAUUUGUGGAAGGAUUGCUGUGCUUGCAGUGCUCAAUUUAAACAAGUUUUUUUAUUUUUAAACAAAACCUCUUAAAAUUUAGUUUAUUCAAAUUAGGUUUUCAGCUUUAAUGCCUUUUACGUUUUUUAAAAUGCACAUGCACUAUAUCCUGUGGAAGCUUAUCAUACCAUUUUUGUUAGAGGAAAACAGAUUGUGGUGGGUUGUAUUCAGCAAUUUUCAGCUAUUCCACCCCUCAAAAAAGUAAUCUGCUCUGGAAGAUCCUCCCACCCUCUGGAUCUAAUGUUGGGGGGGGGGCAGAAAUCACUGAUCUCCAUAUUUCAGUUAUGGAGGUAUUUUUAACAGCUGAAAAUCAUUAUUGGCUACCAGUUACUACUUGUACGUAUUUGCUACACAUUCAAUAUAUGCAUUUCUGUACUGUAAUAAUACCAUUCUUAAAUUUAAAUGCAACAACACAUGCAUUACUAUGUUAGUAUCACUGCUUUUGGGUCAGCUUGCUUUUUUCAGAAUCUCAGCUUGGGUUUUUUUAAUGCAUCAAUUGUAUUUUAAAACACUUUUCGAUUAAUCACAGACCCUUACAGAUUUUACUCUUGCCUCCUUUAACACAGAGAUGUGUAAGCUUUAGUAGGUCUAAAAAUGCUGAGAUGUUAAGUUAGAUGAUUAGGUAAUUGUAGGUAUAAUUUUCAGGUCUAAUUUUUUUGCCAGUGCCAGUUCAGUGACAUUUUAUAUACUUGGUCAUAAUUAUGUAAGAUCAGGUUUUAUUUUUGUCCACUUGAAAUACUGAGAGAGCAUAUCUAAGAUCAGACAGGGUGGUAUUGGAGGAUAAGCAAUCUGUCUUAGAUCACUGAGAUUUUGAAAAAAGAUUGAAGACAUGUCUAUGAAAUAGCACUUUUAAUUGUGAUUUAAAUAGAGAACCCGGACUUUCUAAGCCUCUUUUCAAGCUGGAGCAAUGGCAGCCCUGCUGAAAGAGUAUUUGAAAGAUUCAAGGUCAUCCCCAGGCCAUUUGAGGGAAAUGUGAACCGUUUAUUAAAAUGAAUGGAAGUUUAGUUAGCUUUUUUUCCUCCUGACAAUAAACCUUCUAGAGUUUGAAAUAAUAAUAGGCAAACAUUUCACGGAUAACACGUCUCAGGAGGGUAAGAAAAAUGUUCUAAUAUUCUAUUUUGUGCACAAAUAGUAUAAAGUGGUUUUUUUUCCUUCCUUUUUAACAGAGAAAAGGAGAGAUCUACCAAAUGGUAAGUGGUUGGUUUGUUUGUUUUUGCUUGCAGUAACCAUGAAAUUGUUUGAUUGUUUCAACGUCGCUCACUUACUCCUAGCUUAUCACUCAUGAAUGCAAUUGCCUAUCUGAACAUCAGUGCAUCUUUUAAAAUUGUAAGUGGACAGUUAGGCUUUGAUUAGCUGUGGGAUUGCUUAGUGGUACUUUAAAAUUGCAAUGCAAACAGUACAGUAGGAGGCGAAAGCAGGAAGGCCUGAGAAUAAAGACCACUGACAAAUGUGGAUGUUGCAGUGACAAACUCCUCUUCUUAGCAAAUGCUGAUUAUGUGGGAAUGACUUAGGAAGUCAGCUUUAAACCAUUUGACAUACUGACAUUAGCUUUUCAUCUGCAGAAUUCACUCAGAUGUUUUAGCUGCUAAGUCAUGAGCCAGAAUCAUUUUAAUUUUUGAGGGGGGAUUAGAAAUAGUGUUCUUCCUUUAUUGGUACAAACCUCGACAGUUGUAGAAUAUUUGCACAAAGGUGCAAUAUAUGAUUCGUUUUAAAGUAGCUAAAUACCACCCUAUUGUUGAAAGGUUUGGUUAACAUCGCAGAAUAAAAAUUGUAGGAUUAAACAAAUUGGCAUUGCUGGUUAUGUAAAAUGCAUUAGCCUGUAAUUUCCUGGGAUUUGUGUUUUUAUUCAUGUUGGUAAUGGAAAAGUCUAUUCAAUGUUAAGGCAGUGAGCUGUAGAUUUACUGACCUUCCAUCAUAAUGGUUAGGAUGAAAAUGGGGAUUUAUCAGAAUUAGUUUUAAAAAAGCUUGCCAGGAAUCAUGUGGCCCACUUUCAUUUUAGCACAUGAGCUGGAAUCUGAUUUAGUCUGCAGGAAGCUGCCCUCCAGCAGGCAGCAACUGAGGAAUAUAAAGGAUUUUCACAAAACAUUGCAAUGUUUUGUACCACGUUUUCGGAAAACGCUUCUGAGGAUGUGAAAGAUAUCAACAUUAGUGGAUGCUUAAGACCACUAUAUUGUCAAGUUCUUCCAAAUGACGAACUUUAUCGGCCGCUUUCAUCUUCACUGAUCGAGCUCUCAACAGCUGAUGGGGAAGGUGCUUGUGUUAUGAUGGGGAAAAUUUUGUUGGAUAUAAAUAUGGCAGUGUUAGAAGAAAAUGGAAGUCCCUUAGAGUCAUGUGUUCCUCGUGGACAACCCAAGCCUAAUGAGAGUGGUAAGCAUGCUUUUCAUUGGCUGGCGGUACUUAUUUCUGAGCAAACAUGCUUUUGAUGGCACUGCUAAAGGGGGGGAAAAACAGCAUUAAAAAUAUAUGUACAAACUGAGUGGUUUUUAUGCAACAUGGAAAAAGAUUAUUUCUUCUACAAAUCAAACUAGUAGGCAUUAUCCUCCAUCUAUAGCAUUGAAAAUAUAGACCUCAUAAUGAAUAUGUUGUAACAGUGGUUUUUAUUUUUAUUUCUGUUUAAUUUUACUUGUGGAAACCAUCAAUUUUUAGCUGUCUCGAUACGAUACCAAAAAAUCAAAAUCUAAUCUAAUUUGCAGAUUAUGGUAACCAAGAAUAGCAAAAUUAUUAGACUCUUAUUUUAUUGUGACAUUUCCAAGAAUUAGUUUGAUUAUAUUUAUAUUGAUUAUAUUUGCUACUAGAAAUAGGCAAACAUCAGGUGUGCAUGACAGGUACACAUGGAUUUACUAUGCUCACCUCUAUUACAGUUUCUUUAUGCUCACCUCUAUUACAGUUUCUUUAAAAUAUGUGGUCUCCUAAGACCUUCUGCUACACAGAGUUGCCUCACCAUUGAAGAUAACUUAUGUACAUUAUUCAACUUGCACCAUGAAUUUUAUAAAAAUUUCUUGCACCUAAGCAAUAAUUAUACUGAUAGGCUCACAUAUGUAGAAGAGUAAGAAAUAUUGAGGAAGAAAUUACUCAAUUUCUCAAGAAAUUAUAAGAGUAAGAAAUUCUAAGACAUCUUGACAACAUGUAUCCACUUAUUUCUGUUGUAAAAUGGUAUAGAAAGAUUUGUCUUAAUAUUUUAGAGCUAGAGCUAUCACUGUUAGAAAUCUGUUAAACAACAGUUUUUGAAAUGAGAUUGGGGGAUGGGAAUAUUGGAUUGAGAUGGCAGGGGGAGUACUAUUGGGUUAAAAAAAGAAUCUAAUGGGAAAAUGUAUUUACUUUUUCUAUGCUUAAAUGAACCAUUUUGAGAUAAUAAUAAUAAUUCAUGCUGAUUGAAAUCUUCUGGCCCUUUGUAUUGUGUGGGGGGGAAACAAAGGUUUUCCUAGGUAUCAUUUUGCUUUUAAAACAUUAAUCUCUCCUUACUCUGUAAUACUUGGAGUCCAGGAAACAUAAGAUGGCAGACCAAAUUAAUUUGAAUCUAUUUGCACCCCUACAGGUCCAAGUCUACCAAUGGCAACUGUUGACAUCAAAAAUCCAGAAAUCACCACUAACAGAUUUUAUGGCUCACAAGUCAACAACAUUUCAUAUACCAAAGAGAAGAAAAAAGCAAAAGCAAAAAAGAAGAGGUUAACAAAGGCAGAUAUUGGAACUCCAAGCAACUUCCAGUAAGAGCGCCGUUUCUUUUUUAUAACUUUCUACAGAUAGGCACAAAAAUUACUACAUUUGGGAAGAAAAUCAGUUUGUGAAUAAUACUAAAUAGGUGCCCUUUAAAAUAUUUUCUCCAUGGUGAUUUGCCAUUUUGGAAAUGGCGGUAUUAAGUUAAGGUAGUUUAAGAUGGACCACCCAUGUGUGUGUGUGUGUGUGUGUGUGUGUGUGUGUGUUUGUGUUUAAAGGCCCAAGGUGCCUUACACAAUAGAAGAACAAUACAGUAAAACUCAGUAUGAAAAUCCUCCAAAAGCAGGAUGAUGAGAUCCAGCAGAGCCAACAAAGCCAUCAGUUAAAAUUGGCAGCUGUGGCAUGCUGGAAAGUGUGAGUGAGCAUAUCUUAGUCUGAUACUGAAAUGUCACCUGGCAAGCCUACCUAGGGAAGGAGAGCCAUAGAUCUCCCAAAGGGCAGGAUUGCUCAUGAGGAUGGCUUCUGAGUGUAACUGGGCACUCGUGGUAGAAGGUGUGGUCCUUGAGAUACAUGGUCCCUAACCAUUUAGGGCACUCUGAAUUGGUUCAAAAAAUGAACCAACAGCCCAGUGUAGUUGCACGAACACCAUGGUGUUCCCUCUAAGUAACCUAGCUAUGUGUUCUGCUAACUAACUGGCAUUUGUGAAAAGUAUUGGCCUAUGUGCAGGAAUCUGAUCUGGACAUUUGGUUGUUUAAAGCAUUUUUACCCUGAUGAAAACAGUUCGCUGAGUGACUUCCAAAGAAGAAUUGCAAGACAGUCCCAGCCAUACAGAUCAGUCUCAGCCAUACAGAUAAAGACUUACAGGUUGGGAGAGAGAAGGAAAAAGACACGCUCUGGCACUAGUUCUCAGUUGUGUAUUUGGUUAGCUCCCAACAAUCAAAACAUCUUCUCUGAAGUGGAUGUUGAUUGACCUUACAGGGUGUGUCAUCUACCUUCUCAAGCGUAUCAAAAAUCUGCCAAUUUUUCAUUGGUCCCUCUAUGGUAAGGAUUAGCAAACACAGAUAAUUGUUGCCAUUGAGGGUAAGAUCUAGGUGUUUUUUAGCACUGGAAAAUUAGAGGCACCAGGGCUUUUUCUCAGAUGGAACUUGUCGGAACUCAGUUCCGGCAUCUCUCAGGUGGGUGCCAUUGCCAUUCUAAGAGAACAAGAGAGGCGUUCAUAGUGAGUUUCAGCACCUCUUUUUCUAGAAAAAUAACACCAAGAGUUAUUUAGUGACUGCAAUUGAUAGGUACCAGAUCGAUUUGUAUUUGUGUGUGUUGGUGUUUCAAUGUUUCGAUGUUGUAUCUAUGUAUAUAUUGUAAAUUGUAUAAUGUUUUCCCCCCGAUGGUUAAUAUGACCGUGAUGGUUGAAACAGCAAUAAACAAACAAGCAUCAGAUCAUGUUUCAUUGUACAUGGAGAACUUCAGGUGUCCCAAUAAAAUACAUACAGGUUAGGUUAAAGACCUUAACCAAUCAUAAUACUAAUAACAGAAGCAACUUUCAUUAUGUAUUCCAUCAUGUAUGCAUGGUAUCUUAGCUUUUGUUGUUGCAUGCAAGCAGACUUUUUAUACCGAGUAAUUAAGUUUCCACUGAGAUCCUUUAUUUAGAUAUCUCAGUGGGCAGACUUCCAUGGCAGUCAGCUUUUCUGUCACUAUUAAGCUUAUCCUGCAGUUACACAGGGCUGCACUGGGCACGUUCUUGAUUUUCAUGAGAUGACAGUGAAAUCCUACUGCUAUCCCAAGUGUGCAUCUAGAACGUACCUCAGUCCGUUUUCACCAUGCAGGGCAGUCAUGACAAAAUGCUGAAUAUUCUUUGACAUACACUUUGGUGUAGAAGGUGAAGCACCUUUCCAUGUAGAAAGUUUGACGCCCACUGUUAUAUUGCCACGGAAGGAUGAUGAGCAUCCAGUGGCAUCCAUGAUUUCUAACAGUGCUAUACUACUGAAUGAUAAAGGUAAAUGGUAAAGGACAUGGGGGUGGCGCUGUGGUCUAAACCACUGAGCCUCUUGGGUUUGCCGAUCAGAAGGUUGGUGGUUCGGAUCCCUGCGACAGGGUGAGUUCCUGUUGCCCUGUCCCAACUCCUGCCAACCUAGCAGUUUAAAGCACACCAGUGCACGUAGAUAAAUAGGUACCACUGCGAUUGGAAGGUAAACGGCAUUUCUGUGCGCUCUGGUUUCCGUCACGGUGUUCCAUUGCACCAGAAGCGGUUUAUUCAUUCUGGCCACAUGACCCGGAAAGCUGUCUGUGGACAAACGCCGGCACCCUUGGCCUGCAAGCAAGAUGAGCACAGCAACCCCAUAGUCGCCUUUGACUGGGCUUAACCAUCCAGGGGUCCUUUACCUUUUAUCUUUUACUACUGAAUAUGAAUACGAAAUAACAGAGUAGUGAAACUUGUACCUGGCAAAUGCAAUUUAAUGAAAACCCGGCUCCUUAUUUAAUAAAAGUUGUCUCCAUUAUUAUCUUAACUACUGAAAAUGAAAAAUGGACUUAAUCAGUAUAGUAUGGCCAUUUUUUAGGCUUCAGGGACUCUGUUUUUGAAAUGUGCUAAAACUCUCUUAAUUGAGAUUGAUACUGUUUAAAAUUAAAAUGCUAUCAGUAGAUCUCUUGGCACUGGCUAUUUCAGAGUAUGUGUGGAAUCUGUGGAAUCAUUUAGGCACAGAAUGCUGUGUCUCAUCCGAACCAUUUUCCAUUUGUAUCAGUUGAUCAAUUAUAAUGCAAUAGUUUAUCACCGUGAAGCUUAUAUAUUGAAAUAUGUAAUACUCCUUAUAUAUUCUAAUUUUGCAUUUCAUUUUUUCCCUCUAGGCACAUUGGACAUGUUGGCUGGGACCCGAACACAGGUUUUGAUGUAAGCAAGAAUGAGGGUGGUUAACUGUUCCAAAACUCCCAAGCGUUCUACAGUCAUUCUAUAUUUAUGUGAAACAAAAAUUGAAAGGAGGGCAAUUGUAAUUCAUACUUUUUUUUGUCAUGAAGGUUUUUAAAUUUGCCAUCCAAGCCGAUUUAACUAAGAAUGCUUUGAGCUUCAUGCCUGAAAACAGCAAUCUUCCCAGAAACUAUGCUACAUCAUUGCCACACAGCCCAAGGUUUUGUGUGGAGAAACUUUUCUAAUAAAAGGAUCUGUGUUUGCUGAACAAAACAAAAAAAGUAGCUUCUAACGGCUCUAAUGUUUCCAUUAGGUUAACAAUUUGGAUCCAGAGCUGAAAAACCUGUUUGACAUGUGUGGAAUUUCAGAGGCUCAGCUGAAAGACAAAGAAACAUCCAAGGUUAUAUAUGAUUUUAUUGAAAAAACAGGAGGUGUGGAAGCUGUUAAAAACGAGUUGCGUAGACAAGGUGAGUCCUCGUGCCAUCCACUCAUGCUUUGUAAUGCCUACAAAAAUGCAGGGUUUGAGCCAGACUUCACUGUAGUUCCAAGUUCUACCUUCUGCACUCUUCCUGAGGCCUGAGAGGAUGGGCUGAGGAAAGGGGAUCAAACUAAACUCUCUUCUCCCUGCCGCCCCAAUUUGUGGGAGCAUCCCGUGAGCAGAACUCGGGAUACUCCUGCAGGUGGGACCACAGUAUGAAUCCAACCCAUUACAUCAAGCUGAGAAAUGCUUCUCCAGAUUUUUAAAAUGGAUUUCUAUUUGCAUGUUUUGUUAAACACACUUACCGUAUUUUUUGCUCUAUAAGACUCACUUUUUCCCUCCUAAAAAGUAAGGGGAAAUGUGUGUGCGUCUUAUGGAGCGAAUGCAGGCUGCACAGCUAUCCCAGAAGCCAGAACAGCAAGAGGGAUUGCUGCUUUCGCUGCACAGCGAUCCCUCUUGCUGUUCUGGCUUCUGAGAUUCAGAAUAUUUUUUCUUGUUUUCCUCCUCCAAAAACUAGGUGCAUCUUAUGGUCUGCUGCAUCUUAUAGAACGAAAAAUAUGGUAAUUUGAAAUGGAAUACACUUCGCUUUGACAAAAUCUCCGCAGCCAACAAAUUUUUCUGUUUUAAACACCAUCCUGUAUCUAAUCCAAAAUGUUUAAAAAUUGAGUCCCGAGCAGGGGGUAUCCCAGGAGUUCAUUACUCUGUAGAAAUUGACUUCUCUGGGUUUGUUUGUUUUUGCAAGUAGCUGCAAUGGCCAGCUAUAAUUGGAGAACCAAGAAUUUCUGUCAUGAUUCAACACUUACAUGGUACCACCCAUUUACUACAUAGGUGCAUGUGCCUCUGUAGCAUUAUUAUUAUGGGGUAGACAGCAGAGGCUAGAGACCAACAGUUUCAUGGCAGUGGAUUAAAGAAAGUAAAUGAGACUAGGAUGCUUCAGAAAAAGUUAAUAUAUGUUACAUUUAUGAUCUAGGUCCGCCACUCUGGAGUGGUAUGUAUGAAUUCUAAUCUUCAGAGUUCUUCACAUUGCAGUGGUGUGUGAUACACAAUACCUACAUAUUUGGGUUAAAAAAUACCAGAUUUAGGAAUUGAUACAUCAAUACAUAAUUUGUAACCAUUUUAUAUAGUUAAAAGUUGUGGCUUUUUUCCCCAUUGGAUAUUACUGGUAAACAGUGCCCUGCAAUUAAUUUUUUGUUAAAGUCACUAACCUGCUCCCCUUUGGUGCUUCAACCUACCGUAUAACAUGCCUUAUAAAAUAUAUAUCCUUGUUUGAAGUGUGUGUGUGUGCUUUAAGAUCUUAAUUUAGCGAUUUUGAACAAAGGGCUUCCUUGUUCUAAUAGCAAGUACUUGUACUUACAAGUGGUUUUCUUCAUCAUGGCUAAGUAGAACACAUUUUGCCAAUUACUAGUUCUUAAUUGGGUUUUGGGAAUGAACUGCUCCAUAUUUGCUCUGAACACAGAGGUGUUUGACCACUGGUAGGGAUUGUCUAUGGAGAAAGAUUUGAGUCUUAAAGUGCAAUCCUAUGCAAGUCUGCGCUCAGAAGUAAGCUCAGUUGAGUUCUGUGAGAUGAAUAGGUAUGAGACUGCAGCCACAAUCUUGCGAAGCACUGAGGCCAUUCACUAGCAAAGUGAUUUCUUCGCUGGUGACUGCAAGUAGCAGGAAAUAAUAUUAGAGAGACCUUAAUAAUAUUGCAUGGUGAUGUGUAUUCCAUCCUUCCUCUUCCUCCUCUCACUGUUAAGGAUGGGUGGAAGAGUCGAGCUGCCAUUUUGAGAUUUAAACAGAGAAUGAUGGCCUAUAUGUAUAUGUCAAGAUUAACUCGAAUAUGCUAGUGCUCAAGAUCAGGGUGAGCUAAGGCCUUAGUUCAUUUGGCUACUUAAAGUUCUUCGAAAAUGAAUGCCUUUACACAUAUACCUAUGCCUCAGUGGCCUCCACAUUGAGAUGAUUUGCUGGAUUUGAUGUGGGGCUAUAGUAAAAAGUUAUUCAGAACCUUCCAUUGAUUGUUAUAUGGAAGUGGGGAUUAGGUCUGCCAUCUGUAUUGGAUUCCCUGUCGCAGUAAAAAUGUGCCUAAAUCAACAAAGCCAUGUUUGAUUUGCUUUAUAAUGACAAAUGAGCUAUCUUGGGCAAAACUAUAUGUUGCCCAUUUUCUAGUGUAUGAAAACGCUUUACCCAUUUUUUUUAACAGUUGGGUAACACAGCCAAUUGGGAGCAAUAGCUUUGUGUGAGGUGGAGAAUUUUCAAAUUUCAGUGAUUCUAAAACACAAAGUAUUAACCUUUCUGUGGAGAGAGUUGGUUCCUUUUGGAAAUGCUUUGCUGCUGUGUUAAGAUUAUCCUCCUAAAGGCUGUGAGUAUAAAACUUCAAUGUCAUGAUAGACCGUCACUUGUAAAUAUUGGCAUUGACCUGUAUAGACAUUUGAGAACAUGCAUUCUUCCCCCCACCCCACUUUUUCCCUUUUGCUUGGUGUGCGGAGAGUGGUUUGUUGCAGUUGUGAUGCUAGCUGGGUGAGAGACCAGAUAUGCUCAAUUGGAAACUAAUAUAUAUUUUUUUAAAAAAACUGAUAAAAUGGUAGUACAGUGGUAACUCGGUUUUCAAACAUAAUCUGUUCUGGAAGACUGUUCGAGUUCCAAAACGUCCAAAAACUCAAUGCAGAAAAUUCUACGGAAUCCACGUAGCAUGUUCAGCAUCUGAGACGUGUUCAAAAACCACAGCAUUUACAGGUUUACAGCAUUUGAAAACCGAAAUGUUUAUCGACCUCGGUCCAGUAUACCUGAAGGAGCGUCUCCACCCCCAUCGUUCUACCCAGACACUGAGGUCCAGCGCCGAGGGCCUUCUGGCAGUUCCCUUACUGCGAGAAGCCAAGUUACAGGGAACCAGGCAGAAGGACUUCUCGGUAGUGGCACCCACCCUGUGGAACGCCCUCCCACCAGAUGUCAAAGAGAACAAAAACUACCAGACUUUUAGAGGACAUCUGAAGGCAGCCCUGUUUAGGGAAGCUUUUAAUGUUUGAUGCAUUACGGUAUUUUAAUAUUUUGUUGGAAGCCGCCCAGAGUGGCUGGGGAAGCCCAGCCAGAUGGGUGGGGUAUAAAUAAAUUAUUAUUAUUAUUAUUAUUAUUAUUAUUAUUAUUAUUAUUAUUAUCAACAGAGACAUUUGAAAACCAAGGUACCACUGUACUGUCACUGCAGAAAUAUAGCAUUGUGAACUGCCCUUUAUUGAUGGAUGUGCAUGUCCUGAACUUCUCACAAUUGUGAUGGAGGACAGACUGCAAACUGAGUGAGGUUCCCCGGGGGAAAGGCAAGGGAACUGAGCUCUUCUGUAAAUCAAAAUGGUCUUUUUGAUGCAGCUCUUGGUCGGUGGGGAAAGCUGUCCCUCCGUAAUUGACUAAGCACUUGUUUGUUUUUUGUUCUCAGCUCCUCCACCACCUCCACCAUCCAGGGGCGGCCCUCCCCCUCCUCCUCCUCCCCCACCACCACAUAGCUCGGGGCCACCUCCCCCUCCUAUUAGGGGAAGGGGAGCUCCUCCCCCACCUCCUUCAAGAGCUCCGACCGCAGCGCCACCCCCUCCGCCUCCUUCCAGACCUGGCGGUGCAGUGCCGCCCCCGCCCCCCAACAGGAUGUAUCCUCCUCCUCCUCCGGUUCAUUCUUCCUCGGCCCCCUCCGGCCCCCCUCCUCCCCCUCCGCCACCUUCGGGUGGUUCUUGUGUGCCUCCUCCGCCUCCCCCACCCCCUCCCCCUCCUGGUCCUCCUCCGCCGCCCGGUGUCCCAGUCGAGGUUGACCAUCAGCUUCCAGUUCCUGCAGGAAAUAAAGCAGCUCUCUUAGAUCAAAUCAGAGAAGGGGCCCAGUUGAAAAAAGUAGAACAGAGCAGUCGUCCGGUCUCCAGCUCGGGAAGAGACGCGCUACUUGAUCAGAUACGGCAGGGUAUACAGCUGAAGUCUGUGAGUAUCACUGGGUUUUUUUGUUCUUUAGUUCUGCUUACUAGCAAAAUUUUGUGCAGUGUGUAUCGUAGAAUCGUGUUGGAAGGGACCCCAAGGAUCAUUCUGCCCAACCCCCUGGAAUUCAGGAAUCUCAACUAAAGCAUCCAUGACAGGUGGCCAUCCAACCUCUGCUUAAACGGCCUCGGUCCUGUAUACCUGAAGGAGCAUCUCCACCCCCAUCGUUCUGCCCGGACACUGAGAUUCAGCGCCGAGGGCCUUCUGGUGGUUCCCUCAUUGCGAGAAAUGAGGUUGCAGGGAACCAGACAGAGGGCCUUCUCGGUAGUGGCACCCGCCCUGUGGAACCCCCGCCCUUCAGAUGUGAAGGAAAUAAGUAGCUAUCCUAUCUUUAAAAGACAUCUGAAGGCAGCCCUGUUUAGGGAAGUUUUUAAUAUUUAAUGCUGUAUUGUUUUUAACACUUGAUUGGGAGCUGCCCAGAGUGGCUGUGGAAACUCAGCCAGAUGGGCGGGGUAUAAAUAAUAAAAUAUAUUAUUUAUUUAUUUAUUUAUUUAACUAACAUCUCCAAGGAAGGAGAGUCCACAACCUCUGUAAUAUACUAAUAUAUGUUUGUCACAAGAAUUUCAUUAACUGUCUUUUCUGUGUCAAAUGCGAAUUCCUAAAAAUGCCCUUGAUUUUAAACCUUCGGCACAUUCUUCCACCUAAGUAGACUUUUGGUGAUCGAGUAAAAGUACGAAGUGUAGAAUAAUCAGUCUGCCCUUGUUUCUGUUUACUUGAAGGUAUGCUCUAGCCAUUGGCUUCUCAGUAAUUGAGUGCUAAAUGUUCUAAGUUCUAUGUAUGCUUCUACAUUUCUAUAUUCAAUCACCUCCACCCCAGGUAUCUGAUGGGCAAGAGAGUGCACCGCCUACGCCUGCUCCCACCUCGGGUAUUGUGGGAGCGCUAAUGGAAGUUAUGCAGAAAAGGAGCAAAGCCAUUCAUUCUUCAGGUAGCGCAUUAAAUCAGUCUUUGUACAGCCAUGUGCAAUUUGUUUCUUUGAAUUAAUACCCAGGUUUAUAGUGCUGCCUCGCAAGACGAAAUUAAUUCGUUCCGCGAGUUUUGUCGUCUAGCGAAUUUUUCGUCUUGCGAAGCACGAAAUCCCAUAGGAAUGCAUUGAAAUUCAAUUAAUGCGUUCCUAUGGUCAAAAAAAGUCCAAACAAAACCAAAUUUGGUACAACAAGAGUUUAUUAAGUGCUCGCUCUUUAAAGUCACACAUACUGUAAAGAACAUUUCAAAAACUGAAGGAACAAUAAAUUAAGUUUCUAAACAUGACAGAAAAACAUUUAAAAAUCAGCAAAGUGUACAGUACAUUUUCUAAGACUCUGGGGGACAACUCGAAGAAGGUUCCUCUUCCACUCUUUGCUUCUUGCUGAAGAACCCCCUCCUCAACUGUUCCCCCAGCCACCCACCACACAGAAAUUCAAAUCCAGAUUUUUUUAAAAAAAAACAGCAGAGUGGCCCAAUGGUCACAGAAAAUCAUAAAAAUGCAGAAAAAAACCACACAAGCUUCCAGAUUCUUGCAAACCCCUCCUCAACUGUUCCCCCAGCCACCCACCACACAGAAAUUCAAAUCCAGAAUUUUUUUUUUAAAACAGCAGAGUGGCCCAAUGGUCACAGAAAAUCAUAAAAAUGCAGAAAAAAAAACACACAAGCUUCCAGAUUCUUGCAAACCCCUCCCCAACACCAAGUCCUUGAAUUCCAAACACCCCAACCCAAAAUCCAAAAAACCCCCAAAAAGUUUUAAAAGGUUAACUUACCAAAUGGCUGCAAAAUAAGUUUUGGAAAAGCUUCAAAAAUCACCAAAGUCUUCAAAAACCUCAAAAAAGGCUACCACACCGCGUUCUAUGAGUUGCUCCUCAAAGUCAAGUUGCAACUGUAUUAACGGUGUUAAGAAAAAGGAAACAAACUUGCAAGACGUUUUCGUUUUUCGUCUUGCGAAGCAAGCCCAUAGGGAAAUUCGUCUUGCGAAGCAGCUCAAAAAACGCAAAACCCUUUCGCCUAGCGAGUUUUUCGUCUUGCGAGGCAUUCGUCUUGCGGGGCACCACUGUAUAACAUGGAUUAUAGCACCUAUUUUAUCUGCCGAUAUAAUAAUAUUUAACAGAAAGGGAUUAUAGGCUUAUCAGCAGUGUGAAGUUUUAAAAAAAACCUGUAUUGAAAAAUAGCCUUGUAGCAACCGUAAAAAUUAUAUUAAUCAACAGUUUACUAAUUUAUACAAUUCUAGAACUGCUUGUCACAACCCACACAAUGGGUGUAAUUUAUGGAAGCUUGUUUCUGUUUCCAUAAGCAUCCCUUAUUUAAAAAAAGAAUAGGUUAUUUGGUUAUUCUCCUGAACCAGAUAGAUUGCUUAUUUAUUUGGAAGAAGUAUAUAGAUAAUAGCAGGAAUAUUACAAAUAUUUUGAAGCUGUCACUUAGGUCUUAAUACUGUGCCACCAUCAAGAAAAUCAUGUUUUGGUCAGCUGUUAUUACAAAAAUCAUGGGGUAGGCAUAAAUAAUAAGCACUCUACUCUGAAGGAAAGUAAUAUACAAUUACUAUGCGACUUAGGACCUGGGUACUUAACAUAGUCACAAUUUUUCACAUACAUGCCCAGGCAUAUUAUUAUUACUAUUAUUGUUAUUAUUUCUUACUGUGCAAAUGCCAUUCAUUACCAACUAAAUGGGGGCUGGGGGCGGAAAUGGCAACACUAGCUUUUGCUGAAUGUUUAGUUCUUGCAAAAAUAACUUACUUUUUUUCUUACCAUUAGAUGAAGAUGAGGAUGAAGAAGAUGAAGAAGAUUUCGAGGAUGAUGAUGAAUGGGAUGACUGAUCAGUAUAUUAUAUAUCAUAUAUAUUUUUAAGGUGAAAUACUAAACUACUUUCUGUCUAUGGAUUCUGUAAAAUUAUCAUGUAAAUGUUCUACCAAUUUGCUGUAUAUUUUUGUUGCCUUUUGCUUUUUUAUUAAUCUGUGCAAUACCUCAUUUAAUCUGUAAAGGUUUGUCAUAAUCCUAUACAAAGUUACUCCCGAAAUUAAUGUGUACAAGUUUACACCAGGUUGUUCAGUGUACAUGUGAACACUUUCCAUUCCAUCAAUAAGGGAGUUUUAAUGUAAUAUGCGAGAUUGACAAACACACCUUAAAUGUAUUUAGUUAUAAUGCAAGAAGGAAAACACUAUUUUCAUACCCUACUUUUUCUGUAUCUAAAUUUUCUUAUUAAAACCUAGUAUAGCACUACAUUCUUUAAGCAAUGCAGCUCCUAGUUUUAGCCCCUUCAUCUUGGAAACUCUGCCACGUGGGUGAGGCUGAUAAAACAAAGAACCGUUGCAGUUCAUACCGCUGCGAUUUAAAUUUAGCAUUUAAGCUGACAUAAAACAAUCGUAAAAUAAUAAUAACAAUAAUAAAGCAGUUGUGAAAAUUUCCCCUGAUUCUGGAGCACUGUGUUUCCUGCUAUCGGGCAGCGUUGACACCUUGAAUGCUCAAUUUAGGAACUUCCCUGUUUGUUUCAGAGUGUGACAUCUCUGAUGUAAGCCACCUCUGAUUUUUACCAGCUACCUUUCACAAUGAAGAGGAGGAGUCUACAUUUAUGGCAACUGCUGCGGGUGUUUAUUUAUUUUUAUAUGCUGUUUUUUACUGAAGGGCUGUGGUUAUAAAGUUUGCUCUGAAUAAUAGCGGAUUUAAAUUAAUUUUAAAAUGUGUAGGGCAUGAGAAUACUAAUAAAUGAAUUUAGGUGGUGUCACUCUGCAGUCUUGAUGGAUUACGGUAUAAACCGAACACAAUUUAGGCACCAGAUCUGUGAUCUAGAAAUUGAAAGCAUUUAUACAGGGAUGGAUGGAUGCCUUAAAUAUAUACUUCUCCUGACUGUGACGGGCUUUCCAAAAGCGAUGGGGAAAGUUUGUGGGGGAGAGAAGGGAUAUGAGCAUGAAUUCUUCACUGAUGUUUCCUUUCAACUCCCUUUGGCUGGAUAAGCUGAGACUGGGUAGGCUCUGUGCCUGUCAGCCUAUUAAUGUUCAGAGAUCCACUCCUCGCAUGCACCCCUAUGGGUUUAUUCAAGCAUAAUGGGUCAAUGUUGCCCUGUUUCCUUUGGACACUAAAUCUCCAGGUAGAGCUCACUGAACUGCUUGCCUUUUGAGAGGGUCUCACUACUGCAAAGUUGGUUUAAACCACUGCUUUUUAUACGCACUGAACUUGCAUAUUGCAGUUUGAUUUGCCUCACGCUUAGAAAUGACGCCAAAGGAUGUGCUUGGAAAUCGCGUUCCGACGUACGACGGGGAAAGUUGAGUUCUCAUCUUAAUUUUCGUAUUUACUAAUGGACUUAACGUUUGGAUUAUCUCCCUAUUUUAUAUGCAGGGUGCUGCAUUUAAGAUAGGCAUUGGCAGUGCUAACCCCAUACUUGCAGCAAGGAGACACUGAAGUAGAAAACACUAGGAAUAAUCAACUUGCCUCGCUGCUGCACAGUGUUUCAAGGGAGGAAUAUCUGGCGUACAAUUAACACAUGCUUCUUUCCCCUCUCCCCAUCUUCUCUAUUCAUGGUAUAUUGGAUGAAAUUUGUAUUUGCUGAAACCCAGUGUUGGCUUGAUCUUGGCAGGCUGGACCUGCAAUAUGACCUGGCUUGGAUAUCUUAGUGCAGUUAUAACGUAUGUCUAGCAUCCGGAUUUUUAAUACUCGAGGAAAACAGGAUUUUAAAGGUUAUGUUGAUGAAGAGGGAGGUGUUGGAAGCAAAGCUACGUUAUUCCGAUGAGGGUAACUUUUGUUUUAAGCACACGGCUUGGGAAAGGAGAAUUUUAAAGGUCUCCUCCUCUCCCUGCGGUUGUAGCCACAGCACUGCCUGCUGCUGGAAAGACUUUCAGCCACUGUUGCUGCUAGUAUGGCUUGAGGACUGCGGGCAGGUUGGCUGAAGCCGGAUUUGAAUGCUCUGAAGUAGGAUUAAGAAUGUGCACAUGAGAGGGAGUGUUAAUGGCCUUCGGGACAGCGUUUAGUGCUGUCUCUCCAGCUCUGUAAUCAUAAAGGGCAUUUUUCAAAUAGAUCUUGCUCAGGUGGCCUCCAAAGAUGUUACUUACUAGCAUGAAUAAAGCACAUGCUUCUAGAGUCGAGAGAACUUGGAAAGAUUUAAUAUUUUAUGUCUGAGAUAUUUGUGUAAUCCAUUAAUCACUUGCCCAACAGGCUUUCGUUUCGUUUUGUUUUGUUUUCCUAUAAAGUGUAUCCACAUUAUUGCACAAAAGUUCAGAUGUUUUGCUUUCAAUAGCAUAUUGUACGGUCUUAAUUUAAGGCAUGACUGCAGUUACAGUUAGGCUACAAAGUCACAGCUGCAUGUUUCUGCAUUUUCCCAUGUGGGCUGGAGGCGACGUUUCAUGUCAUUGAAUCACUACUGCUAACUGUUGUAACAAGGCAGCUUCAUGCACCAGUUAAAUUGACUGUCCAGGUAGCCUUGGCAAUUAGCAAAUGAGCCUGAGGCCUAUAUCUCAGCACUACGCAUAGACAAUAUCAACUAGCCGCUUGUACUCUGAAAGCAUCUCAAUCGUUCAGUUUUCCGUUUCAUCAAACUGAAAUUCUUGGUAUGUGAAUUUUCUUUCUCUUUGGCUUUUUUUUUUAAUGUACAGUGAAUAGGAUGUUGCACUGGUGGCAAUUCAUCAUGGAGCAUAAUAAAAUUAAUUUGACUCAAAAACA